CGAUUUUCUUUUUACAAGAUUUUAAGCUUGGCCAUUACAUGAAGAUUCCUCCUAAAGAAAUGUUCUUAGCACAGGUAGUUGGCACCAUAAUAUCUGCAGUGGUGCAUUUACUAACAGCAUGGUGGCUCAUGAGCACUGUUCCAAAUAUCUGUGAGAGAGAUUUGCUUCCAGCAGGUAGUCCAUGGAUUUGCCCUGGUGAUCACGUGUUCUACGACAUAUCUGUAACAUGGGGUUUGAUAGGGCCACGUAGAAUGUUUGGAGAUCUUGGACACUACUCAGCCAUAAACUGGUUUUUCUUGGCUGGAGCCAUUGCACCUUUCUUAGUUUGGCUAGCACACAAGGCCUUCCCUCAGAAACAGUGGAUUAGGCUCAUCAAUGUGCCUGUGCUCUUGGGAGCAAUAGCUGUCAUGCCUCCAGCCACAGCAGUGAACUACACUAGUUGGGUCCUUGUUGGCUUUGUAUCAGGGUUUGUUGUAUAUCGUUACUAUCGUGGUUGGUGGAGCCGACACAACUAUGUGUUGUCUGGUGCACUUGAAGCAGGGUUAGCCUUCAUGGCGGUUUUGCUCUACUUGUGUUUGGGGAUGGAGUAUAUCAGCCUUAACUGGUGGGGCAGUGACCCAGAUGGGUGCCCUUUAGCUUCAUGUCCAACUGCUCCAUGUGUCAUAUCUAAAGGGUGUCCUCUUUACUACGGUGGGAGCUUAAGUGACCUUGGUGGUAUUCAAGCCACUCCCACAAGCACUACUCGAAUUACUCUAAAACUACUUAAUGAAAGGCCAAUUACGAACCAAAAGGAAAAGGAAUAA